UGACUGACAGAGAAGCUGUGGGAGGCUGAACCAGUUAAGGCUGGGCUGGCUGGUGGGGAGUCAUAGCACCAAUAGAGGGCCAGUAGGCAGGGCUACGCCAGCCAAUUCUCUCUCUUUCUCUGUGAUGAUCUGAUGAUGCAUGUGUGCAUGUGAGCUUCCAGUACUUGCCAAAUCCACGUGUGGUACAGAAACUUCUGUUCACUUGUCAUACCAGGAAGUCUGCAGGAAACUAGCCGAGGACAAAAAAACACUGUGGGCUUCAAUAAGGGGUGCAGACACCCAGGGAAAUACUGUUGUCGGCACCUCAGGGGGUUGAGGAUUAUAACCCUGCAGGGGGUGAGGAAGCCAACCCGCUGGUCUGAAGAACUUACAAAAGGAUUACCUUAAGGCAGUCCCUAGAGAGUUUUCUUCAUAUAAAGGAGCAUUCUGGGUUAAUGUAGAUGGAGCAAUAUUCCAAAAGGCAUGUGAGAAAUUAUGGUGCAUAGACAGGCCAGAAUUUACCAGUAUUAGCCAAUCUUGUCUGGCUGUGCUUCUAGUGUCUGGGCGAGAUUCCAUCUGCAUCCCCACAUGGUUCUGAGGGGAGGCGGAGGAGGGAGAAAAAAAUAGUGUUGGUGCAGAAAUUAGGCGCUACUGAGUUGACAGAAGGUUUUGAGGCAGCAUUUAGAAGUACAUGUGAGGAAAAGCUAAAUUAGAGUGUCAGAAUGAGUACUGUUGGCUGGAGGGACCAGCAUCUUCUGUCUACAUUUUGUAUCCAGAAAUCAUGCAAUACAACGGAACAACUUUCCCGAGUGGCGCAUACAAUGUCAAUGGCACCGCAACAGUGCCACUCCUGAUGUCAAAUGUUGCACAGCAACUGCCAGACGACAUCUCCACUCAGCGCUAUACAACGGGGCUCCAUCUGGUGGCCAAUUCGACGUCAAGGAAGACAACCUUGAUGUCUACGCCCUGUGAUGUGUUUUUCUCUUUCUCUUUGUUUAACGAGACUGGAGUGCCUUCCCUUUGUAAUCUCAGUAAUUUUUCACUCUUGGAAUACAACGGCUUACCGGAUUCUGAACCCAACGACUACAGUUGGUUCAUACUCUUGCUCGUUCCUCUUGUGAUAUUUGGAGCGGCGGGGAACCUGCUUGUGUGCUUGGCGAUUUCUAUGGAGAAACGCCUUCAGAAUAUCACAAACUAUUUCUUGCUAUCACUAGCGGUCACAGACUUGCUGGUCUCUGUCAUAGUUAUGCCACUCAGUAUCAUCCACGAAUUCAUGGGGUACUGGCCCCUUGGACUGGGACUCUGCGAUUUCUUCGUUACUUCUGACGUACUGAUGUGUACAUCUUCCAUCAUGCACCUCUGUACAAUAUCACUUGAGCGAUACCUGGCCAUCCGCUUUCCAUUGAGGACCAGAAAUAAGUCAAAGCAUAUAGUCAUUUUAAAAAUCGGGUUGGUCUGGGCCAUUUCCCUUGCUAUUUCCAGUCCUAUAACUGUGCUAGGUUUUGUUAACUCCGCCAACGUUCUCAACAACAGGCACUGCGUCCUGGCUAAUGACUACUUUGUGAUAUAUGGCUCCAUUUUGGCUUUUUUCAUCCCACUCUUCAUCAUGAUAGUAAUGUACACUUUGACCAUCCACAUCCUGUACAAACAGUCACAGAUGUGUGGCUCUAAAGGCGAGAGGAAAGGCUCUCAUCCGUUGGUGCGCCGAUCAACCAGCAGUCGACACAGGACUAGAGACAAUGCCGCGGCCAGGUCAAGGAGUUUACCCAUGAGGCGUAAAAGUUUAGAGAAGCGAGGGCAUCGUUCCACUAACCAUUAUAACCGUGAGGAGAACGGGACGUUUGGAAGGAUAUUCCGUAAAACACAAUCCUCGUUGGACCAGCCUCUUUCUCAGACCUCAGAGACAGUUCCGCUCAAGAACACAGAGGCUCAAGACGGUUCUGCUCACCUAGACGAGAGCGCUCCACCCAGCCCUGAGGUCAGCUCGGGUCACGACCACGAACCUCCAAGAUUGCUCCUACUCCUUAAAAAGCACAACCUUGCCAUACGCGCCGCCAACUUGCUCCUUCUACGCAAGGAGGAGCUUCCCAAGGAGAACAAUGUGCAGACAGAACAGAGAGCAUCCAAAGUGCUAGGGAUCGUCUUUGCAAUAUUCGUUGUCUGCUGGGCUCCUUUUUUCUGUGUCAAUAUCAUGACAGCUCUUUGCAAGACCUGUUCGUUUGACCCUACGCUGGUCACAGUGUUUGUCUGGCUGGGCUAUUUGUCUAGUACCCUCAACCCUAUCAUUUACACAGUAUUUAAUCGGGUUUUCAAGGUGACUUUCUGGAAACUGCUUUGCUGCAGGUACAAGAAGCUGGGUCGGGCGAGGCAUUCACACAAACCCAAGGCAAAACGGCAAAGUCAGUAUCACAGUGUCCGCUGCCAGCCCAGCUUCAGGGUGUCUAAUAAUGACACCAUCAGUGCCAUGAACACACAAACUGAUACUAUGAUCUAAACAACGCCAACAAAACUGUUUACUUUCCCUAUCUGAUAUUUAUACAAAUCCCUAAUAUAAAUAAACAAAGUUUGCAAUAUUCGUAUUACCAUGUUGUAUAUGUCUACCAUUAGCUGAUAUCAGCAGUAUGUUUAUUUGAUCAGGUUUCACUUUGGCUUCAAAUCUCAUUCCAGGACCCUAAUUAACCCUUUAGGUUUAAGGCACCCGUCUUAAUCAUAUGAAUUAUGUACCUGUUUUCUUUUUUCUUUUAACACUUUCUGUGAGUCUUCAACCACUAGAGCACUUUUUGGAGAGAAAUUUAUGAAUACACUUUACAUGAAAUUGACACUAAAAUGAUUUGCUUGCAUCACUAAAGAUGCAAGCUUUAUAAAAUUGUGCACCCUACAGUUCUUUCAAAAUGUUUCAAAAUAUUGGUGGUAGAGGCGGUU